AUGGCAGCUAUAUCACAAACGGCAGCUCUCGCAGCCCCAGCAGCUGUAGCUGGGCUGGCAUAUCUCAAUGCCCGAUGGAGAGUCUCUGUAGAUGCCCAACUGAUCGGUCACCUGGCCAAGACUCAAAAGGCCAUGGAAAAGCGAGAGAAGGCAGAUCGACUCAACUCCUUCUACCUCAUCGAAGAGCAUGCCCAGAACCCCAAGGUUAGGGACUGUAUCUUCAUCAUCUAUCAAGGCAAAUCAUGGACGUUCAAACAGACCUACGACAUGGUGCUUCGGUAUGCCGGAUACUUACAUUCCCAGCACGGGGUCCAGCAAGGUGAAAUCAUAGCUCUGGAUUUCAUGAACAGUCCUCAAUUCAUGUUUCUGGUCAUGGCUCUAUGGUCGCUCGGCGCGCUGCCAGCUUUCAUCAACUACAAUCUCACUUCGACCGCUUUCGUCCACAGUGUCCGAGUGUCGACUGCUCGUUUGCUGAUCAUUGACCCCGAAGUUGAGCCCAAGGCUUUGACUCCAGAGACGAGAGCAAUCCUCGAGGCCCCCAAUUUCAGGAACGAUGCCUUCCCCCUCGAAAUUGCCGUUUUGACACCGGGCCUCGAAUCUUCCUUGUGUUAUUACCCUCCAUACCGCGCGCCAGACACAGCUCGGUCAGGAAAUAUCCAAAGGACGCCAUGUGUCUUGAUAUAUACCUCCGGGACCACAGGCUUACCCAAGGCUGCCAAGGUCCCUUGGGAUCGCACAGUACGCGGGGCCGGGCUGGUAGGAGGAUGGCUGCCGAUUAACCCGGUCACGUCCAAGAACCCUGAUCGUUAUUACACUGCCAUGCCUCUAUACCAUGGCUCAGCCUUCCAGCUAUGCUUUCACACCUGCCUCUCUCGCCCAGCCACACUCGUCAUCGGGCGCAAGUUCUCCGUCUCGAACUUUUGGAAUGAAGUCGCCGCCUCUGAGGCCACGGCCAUUCAAUAUGUUGGUGAAACUCUUCGCUACCUGAUGGCCGCGCCUCCCCACCCCGACGACCGAACAAGACACAAAGUUAGGAUCGCCUUCGGCAACGGUCUCCGCCCAGAUGUCUGGGACCGCUUCCGGGACCGUUUCGGGGUCGAAACGAUAGGCGAGUUCUACGGCGCGACCGAGUCCUCCGGCGCGACCUUCAACCUCAGCCGCAACACGUACUCCUCCGGCGCGAUUGGCUCCAUGGGUCUCAUCGGGCAACUCCUCCUCGGCGCGACCCAGAGCAUCGUUGAAAUCGACUGGGAAACGGAAGAGCCGCGCCGCGACCCCGUCACAGGGUUCUGCAUCAAAGUGCCCCGCGGGGAAGUCGGCGAGCUGCUCAAUGUCAUCGACCCGGCCGACAUCGGCGCAAAAUACCAAGGGUACCUGGGCAACGAGAAAGCUACGUCGUCGAAAAUCAUGCGCGACGUGCACAAAAAGGGCGACGCGUACUUCCGCACCGGAGACGCCAUCCGCCUGGACAGCGAGGGCCGGUACUGGUUCUCCGACCGCAUCGGCGACACGUUCCGCUGGCGCAGUGAGAACGUGUCGACGGCCGAAGUGGCGCAGGUACUGGGCGCGCACCCGUCCAUCCUCGAGGCGAACGUCUACGGCAUCGCGAUCCCCAACCACGACGGCCGCGCCGGCUGUGCAGCCGUCAUGCUGCGCGACGUCGACUCGCCCGACUCGCCCGUGCCGGCGUCCGUCCUCGAGAGCAUCGCGACGUUUGCGCGCAACGGCCUGCCGAAGUUUGCCGUCCCCGUCUUCCUCCGCGUCGUCACGCAGGUCAUGGCCACGGGGAACAACAAGCAGCAGAAACACGUACUGCGCAAAGAAGGCGCCGAUCCCGCGCUCAUCACGAAUGGUGACAGGCUUUUCUACCUGCCACCGAAAGCGGACCAAUUUGUCCCAUUUGGGGCCGCCGAGUGGGCGGACCUCAGUGCUGGGAAGGUCAAGUUGUGA